AUGUCACUCACCGUGGAAGUCGAAAAAAGGCGUCCUCUGGCAACGGGGGUCUCCAUGGAGAUGUUCAGCCCGGAACUGACACAGACCAGAAACAGCUUUGCCGCCCUGGAUCCAGAGGUUCCGGCGCCUUCGUCCGUGGUGGCUUCCCAAUCAAGAUUGGAUCCGGAGGUACCUGCGUCUUCGUCCACGGCUCUGUCUCCCUCUCCGGUGGCUUCUACCUCGGGUUCAGAUCCUCGGAGCUCCCAGCCUCACCAGACCAUGAGGCUGUCCAAUACCAAGACUGUGCUGGACAUCGACAAUGCCAAGCUUGCUGCUGAGGACUUCAAGAUGAAGUAUGCGAAAGAGCAGGCCAUGAGGAUGGCAGUGGAGGCAGACAUCAGUGGUCUGAGGAGGGUCCUGGGUGACAUGAACCUGGGCCGCUCUGACCUGGAGAUGCAUUACGAGGGUCUGAAGGACGAGCUCAUCAUGCUCAAGAGGAACCACCAGGAGAUUGCCCUGGUGAAGACCCACGUGGGCAGCCAGGUGAAUGUAUCAGUGGAUGCUGCCCCAUCCCAGGACCUGAACGCAGCGAUGACCGAGAUUAGGAAGCACUACGAGUCUGUGGUCAUCAAUAACCGCAAAGAGCUGGAAGCCUGCUACCAGAGCAAGGUGAGCAAAUCGUCCCUGGAGGGCACCCUGGCAGACACCCAGAAGCGCUACUCUGCUCAGCUGGCAGGGCUCCAGAGCAUGGUGACUAGCCUGGAGCUCCAGCUCUCCCAGCUCCACGCCAACAUCGCACACAACAAGCAGGAGUACGACAUGUUGCUGAACCUCAAGACCCGCCUGGAGCUGGAGAUUGCAGAGUACAGGAGGCUGCUGCACGGAGAGGACGACAGCUCCACCCAAGUGGUUACCAAGACGAUCACCGUGACCCAGACCAUUGUGGAUGGAAAGGUGAUGGUUCUGUGGUUCCUCUCCCUGUUCGGGGGUGCUCGGUUGUCGGCGUCACCGGCCUACUAG